UAAGCACAGGUCCAGUUCCCAGAGUCUCUUUUCGUGCCUCGCUGGCCCCCGGUCUCCUCACACACACUCCUCCUCCGCCAUCCCCUAGCUCUCACCCUUCCUUCUCCUACCAAUCCGGCGAUCUCCCCCUCCGCCUGAUAGGCCGGCCGCCUCUCCUGCUCCCAGCCCCAAAGCCACCCGAUCGCCGCCCCCGCAAUGCCGGGCCUCGCCGCCGCCGCCGAGCAGGACGCCUUCUCGCUGGUGCGCCGCGUCGCCCGCGCCCUCAACCGCCGGAUCUCCGACCUCGUCGCGCUCCUCUUCCGCCACAAGAGCGCGGGAUCCUUCGGCGCCGUCGCGGGCUUCGCCAUCGCCGUCGUGUUCGCGUGGAAGUUCCUGCGCUCCUCGCCGCCGCGGCCUCCCCGCCGGCCCGCCGCUCCGAAGCGACCGGCGCCCAGUUCUGCCGCUGCGCCCGCGGCCGCCGACGCGGCCGAGCCCGUGGGCGACUCGGGGAAGCUCACGACGCGGCAGAUCGUGUCGAGGCGACUUAGCGGGUGCAGGAAGGUUACUUGCCAACUACUUGGUGUGGUUUUUGAGGAGAACACUCCUGAGGAGCUUCAGAAACAUGCCACCGUUAGGCCCUCAGUGGUGGACCUCUUACUGGAAAUAUCCAAAUGUUGUGAUUUUUAUCUGAUGGAAACUGUACUUGAUGAUAAGAGCGAGGAGAAUGCUCUUAUGGCCCUGGAGAGUGCCGGACUUUUCAGGACUGGUGGCUUGAUGAAAGAAAAGGUACUCUUCUGCAGCAGUGAAGUUGGCCGAACUUCAUUCGUUCGACAGUUGGAGGCUGAUUUCCACAUUGAUACAAGCCUCGAUAUAAUUUCCCAACUAUCCCGAUUUAUCCGGUGCCAGCUAUUUGUCUCCUCCAUGGAAGGAGGACAGCUCGCGGCCAAUGUAUUUAAUUCUCCAAACCUUGAGCGGUUCUUCUCUUGAAAGCAUGAAGCACAAACAGAGGGGGUUCACACCCAAAAUGUGUGCAUUCUAGUAGCAAUGGAUCCUUUCAAGCUUCCGAGGUGUCGUGGAAUUCCUUGGCACCAGCUGUGGCAGCUUGAACUCUCAGAUAUACAGCCAAGCUGGCACCCAGAUUUGCCGAUCGUGUUGAGGCAUCAUCUGGCGUCGGUUUCGAUUGGUUCGCUUAGCAGGGCUAUAGGAUAAGUUAAAAUGCCUGAAGUUUAUGGCUAUGCACCGAUGUUGUAAAUUGAAUAGCACAGAUCUCCGCUGUAGUCGAAUUAACUUGUGUAUGUAAUUGCAGAUGAUGUUUUUCAUUUACUUGUGACUCGAUGGAAACAAACUGUCUUACCGUACCGAGGAAAUUGUACCAUGCUGCCCAAUGGUUCUGACGA